UUCGAGAGCAGCUCUUCUCGUCCCGCCGUCCGUUAAUAGUAACAGUUUUGCCAUGAAGCUGACUAUCGCAUUUAUUGCAGCUGCGCUGAUUGUAAAUGUACAAUUCUCAGAAGCAAGGACCUAUAGGACCUCAUAUGAUAGACCACUAAACAAUCAUCUCGAUGCCUCAGCACCUGCUUUCGAACAAGUAUUUGAGCCUCAUUUCACGCCAGAAAAAAGAGUAAAACCCGAAGAUCCAGAAGAAUUCGAAUUCGUACCUUUGGGUGAACCUGGAUUAGAUGGAGCUAGAGAUCCAGCAUUGAAUGGACCUAAAAAAGUUCCCUCUACUUAUUAUGGUUAUGAAUUACCAGAAGUUGUCAAAGAGGUUGCUAGCGAUACCGUACGGAAUCUCCAAUUCUUAGACUUUGCAUGGAGUUUGUUAAAUAAUUAAUUUUUCUUAUUCAAACGCAUAUUUGUUAUAAUGUAACAUAUUGAUCGAUAAGUUGGAGAAAUUGUUGUACAAGUGAAAAGUAGUCAAUGUUUCUUGUCGUUUUCAUC